CUUCAAACGGGGGCGGGGGGGUCGGCGGCUCCGCGGCGCCUCCGUCUCGGAUGAAGCUCUGACGGUUCGGACAGACUCCAGAACCGACUGAAGAGUUCUGGUCCGAACUUUGCUGAAAGCGGAGGAUCGUCCGAGCCCCCCCGCGGCCAUGCGCGGGGUUGCGCGCGUCCGAACCUGACCCGGAGCCGCUGAACCGGAGCGCGGUCCCGGGAGGAUGAGCGCCGGUCCCGGUCUGGUUCUGCAGUGGCUGGAGCAGCUGCAGCUGGCCCAGUACGUGGAGUCCUUCCUGGAUAACGGCUACGAUGACCUGGAGGUCUGCCGGCAGAUCGGGGACCCGGACCUGGACGCCAUCGGGGUCCGGAUCCGGUACCACCGGCACCGGCUGCUGGCGGCCGUGGAGGCGCUGAAAGCCGCGGAUCGGAUGAGGCCGGCGGGCUUCUACUUCACCUUAGAGCCGCUGGACGCCCCCACCUGUCAGCGCGCGCCGGACCUGCGGAGGUCACGCGCGCGGGUCACCGGCGCGCACCAGGCGUCGUGCCCGGGAAAACACGACCUGCGCGUGUCCGACUGCAGCGACUUCGUGACUUAUCCGAAGCUGAAGCUGAAGGUUCUGAUCCGGGAUAAGCUGGUCAAAGACGGGAUCGACCUGGGAGGAGCGCCGUACACGCGCCAG